CGUGAAGGAGUUGAUUGUGUGUGAUAAGGUUUAUGACAGGCUACGAUAAAACGUAGACACGCAGUGCUCAUCAUCGUGGCAGAGGGAUAUCACACGGUGGUUUCUUGUGCGACCAAUUCAAGUUGUGUCUAAUGCGUGGUUCCCUCUCUCGGUCGGGCUAGUCACUCGGGCAAUAUACCACCCGUCGUCGAGACAAAAAUGUCAUCACAACCCGCAGACGAUAGCGCAGGAUCCGAUGCUGCGUUCGAUCGAAUUAUGGAAUCCAUCGGAAACGAUGGCCCUUUCCAGCGACGGUACAACAUCAUCUUCAACGUGGUCGCGGUACUGUUUUUUGCGAUGAUCGUCGUGAAUGUGCUGCUCAUUCUGGCCGUGCCGGAACAUCGGUGCAGCGUUCCACCGCUGGCCGCGACGCACCGUAAUCUCAGUACGGACGAUGAACAGUGGAAAGAUAUGGUUUAUCCAAAAGAGUACAACAGCCGAGGUGAGUUUGUGCACAGUGCGUGCCUCAUGUUCAACGUAUCCUGGGACGAUCUAAGCGCAGACAACGUGUCGGCUGCCCCACGAUCCACGAUGUCCUGUAUAUAUGGGUUCGAGUACGAUCGUUCCUACUACGAUCGGACACCGGUGACGGAGCAAAACUGGGUGUGCGAGAACGAGCUCCAGGGGACCAAUGUUUUUGCUUUCGUUCGCGUGUCGGAAGUUUGCGGGACCUUUAUCCUUGGCCAACUCGGUGAUCGUAUCGGCCGACUUCCUGUGUACUUGUUCGGCAUUCUGACCGCCGUUGUCGGGCGAGUGUUUGCCGCUUGGAGCGCCUCGCACUACUGGCUUUUCGCGCUGCUCGCCUUCAUCGGAAGCUUCUCGACGAACACUUCCUUUCAGUCGCCGUUGAUCAUUUUAAUGGAAAUUUCGAAGGAUGCCAACCGUGCCUCGUUGUCGCUCUGGCAGCUGAUCGGCUGGACAGGCGGAAUCUGCAUCGCACCGCUGGUUCUCUGGGCGAUGCGUGACUGGUUUUGGUUCAUGAUCGUAACGUCUGCUCCGUGCGUUCUCUUUUAUUGCUUUCCCCAGUACAGCAUCGAGUCACCGCGCUGGCUAGCCAGCCAGGGCCGGUAUCGUGAAUGUCUGGCGCAGUUACGUAAAAUUGCCACCAUCAACCAUCGCCCUCUUAACCUAACCGAGGCAGAGCUGAAAGUUAUGAUUCCAAAACGGGAGAUCGACAAAACCUACGGUAUUGCGUCACUGUUCGGAGGCUGGCACAUGACAAAGUUGACCACGCUACUGCUGCUAAGCUGGAUCUGUAAUACGAUUCCCACGCUCACGCUUUUCUUGAUGAGCUUGCAAAGGGGAGGCAAUCCGUUCUUGAACAACUUCUGGCAAGGUGCGGUGGAGCUACCCGCUUAUCUGGUGGGCCAAAUUAGCUGCGAUCGGAUCGGACGUCGAUUCACCAACAGUGGCGCAUUUCUGGGCGCUACUCUCGCCUGUGUUCCCAUCGCGCUACUCAUACACCAUCCCGGAACCGAGACUUAUGUGACGAUGCUGUCCAUCGUGCUGAAGUUUUUCGUGUGCAUCACGUACUUUGCGCUGUAUCUGCAGUCGGUGGAAAUGUAUCCAACUCCGCUUCGUCAAACGGGCACCUCGUUCGGUAUCAUAAUCUCCAACGUGUUUGGAGCCCUCGGACCUUACAUAGUGUUUCUCGGUACCAACUACGACAUCCGGUUACCGUUCGUCGUUAUGGGUCUCAUUGGUCUGGUGGGAGCCGCCAGUUCCGUGUUCCUGCCCGAAACGCUACACCAAAAACUACCUGAAACACUGGAUGAAGGUCGCCGCUUUGGGCAGAAGCAACGUUUUUGGACGAUCCCAAAGCAACCGGCUGGGGACCAGCAGCACCCCUCAGCAUCAUCGCAACAGCAAGAACUACAGAAACUCAAUAAACCACCGACCACCGACAGCUGACGGUGUGGCUCACUAGUCGAACCAUUUCGCUGUUUGCUCCUGCGCUGGAAUUCCGGUACGGAUCCUGUCCCAAAGCCGCGCACAGUGAGGGCACUAAAUUUGCGAGAAAAAUUGUAUUGUUUUUUAAAAUAAUUUUCAUCUAACCGAACCAUACAACAGUUGUCCACCACCGUGGUUAGGGAAGGAAAAAGAACGAAAUGUGCCCUUUGGAGGAUCUGAACAAAACGGAAAACACAGUCCACUCCACAACAACGCGCAGCACGAUGAGAUGAAGACGCUCGGAAUGCUUUUCAAGUCCCAUCGGUCGCGCAACGGCUCGUGUUGGGGAUUUUCGCCUCUCCGACAAAAGACCGCCAACAUCCGGGCCACGCCGAAACUGGGAGAACAAAAAGACUUUGCAUAAUUUACAUUCCACGCAAGCGUUACCAAAAAAAAAAAUCGGCCAUCCGAACUCCUCCUACUCGCACUAGGAGCGUAAAGGAAGUGCGAUUUGGAAAAUGUGAAUCCUCCUAGUGUCCCCUGCGGUACCCAUCAGCCACGGCAAAGAGAAUGUUGCUCUGAGCAGAAAGUGGCCUGCUUUUGCGCGAAGGUAACACGAACGCUAACGGGGCGCAGUGGAUAAUAACCAACACGUGGCAGGACUAAAGCGCCCCGCCGGCAGCCGGCAGCAAGAGCAAACGAACGGGGGGACCAGGGCCGGAACCAUUUGCCCACAAUAUACUGUGACAUCUGGAGAUCGCAAUAAAGCGAAGCAAAUGGAAAAUAAAUAAAACCAAAAUGGCGGAGCAGCUUUGCUCUUGUUUGUGCGGUACAAUGCGUUUAUCCGGUGCUCAGCCACCGUCCGCCCCGAUGUAGUCACUUCGUAAAUACCCACGAAGUGGUAACAUUCUAUCUUUGAUCAUACAUCAUGAACCCCCGUUACAUUUUUUAGGAAUGCGGGAUACUAGCACUGCUAUUCGCCAGUUGCAUAAAUUGUAUUU